ACUAACAAUCCAACUACCAGUUUCACGUCACACACGACACCUAACAAUCCAACUACCAGUUUGAUGUCACACACGAAAACUAACAAUCCAACUACCAGUUUCACGUCACAUACGACAACUCCCAAUCCAACUACCAGUUUCACGUCACAUACGACAACUCCCAAUCCAACUACCAGUUUCACGUCACACAUGACAACUAACAAUCCAACUACCAGUUUCACGUCACACAUGACAACUAACAAUCCAACUACCAGUUUCACGUCACACACGACAACUAACAAUCCAACUACCAGUUUCACGUCACAUAUGACAACUCAUGGAUAUACUGAUCCCUCAAAGGCAUCAAAAGUCGUACACAAUCUGGAGUCUAAGAUGGAAGAGAUGGAAAAAAGCAAUACAAGCAAUGCAAUAAUUUUCAUGGAGGAUGGUGUUGGUUUUCUUUAUGUACAAGCCAAGAACACAGAAACCAAAGACAUCAACAUAUGCUACUUUUCAGAUCAUGCCACGGUUGUUGAGAGUCAAAGUGACUUCAUUACUAACUGUCUCUGGUUAACAAAGAUUUCAAAGGAGGCUUUCGAUAAAUCACGUCUUGAAAACAAUGGAACUGCAUUUGCUGGAGUUCUACGUUUCAAAAACUGGAGAAAUGAGGAUGAAACUGAAAUUCACACUGUUUUGAACAAUGAGGUUUAUGGAAUAACAAUGCGGGCCAAAAUCUUCCACCUUACCGACAAUAUUGACAUGUUCUUUAAACAUAAAGAUCUGACCGGUGAGCCGUCCUGUGUCUCUUGGAAUGGCAAAGGAAAACUGAAUUGGACAACGUUCGGCUGUGAGACAAAAAUCAACAACAACACCAUAAAGUGCUCCUGCUCACAUCUGACGUUUUUUGCAGUGCUGAUGAUCCCUCAGUCUCAGUCAGAUGCAAAUGUCACAGCACAACAUCUGGAAGCACUGACCAUAAUUUCUUCUAUCGGCUGCGGCAUCUCCAUGUUUUUUCUGUCCAUUGCUUUAUUCAUGCAUUUCCUGCUGCGGAAAGCCAAAUCAAAUCAGGCCACGAAGAUCUUGAUGAACAUGUUUGUGGCUUUGUUUCUACUGAAUGUCUCGUUUUUGUCAAACGAGAGCGUCGCUAACACACAAGACAACGCUGCGUGCGUCUUCAUAGCGCUGCUCCUGCAUUACUCCAUGCUGGCCUCAUUCACCUGGUUCUUCAUUCAAGCUCUUCAUAUGUACUUAUGGCUCAUCAGACAGAACGUCACCAUCACAAACUACAUGAGGAAGAUCACAGCGUUGGGCUGGGUGUGUCCCGCUCCAAUAGUCGUAAUUAUUACUUCUAUAGGAGGAUAUGAAGCAAUGAUCCUGAACUCAACGUCUGGAAAAAUCACACGAAUGUGCUGGAUUACAAAUCGUUACAUUCACUACAUAGUGAACAUCGGCUACUAUGCUUUAGUUUUCGUCUUCACGUCAGGAAUCUUCAUCAUGAUCGUCACUAAGGUCGUUCAGGCCAGAAACAUGAAAGCAGUUGACGGCAAGAGAAAGACGUUCAGAAAGCAGCUGAUGAUGGUGUUGAGUUUGUUCCUGCUCUUCGGUCUGACGUGGUCUGUGGCGUUCUUCAGUUAUGGACCGAUGCGCAUUCCCUCAUAUUACAUAUUCACUGUGUUGAACUCGUUUCAGGGGUUUUUCCUCUUCCUGUAUUACUACCACAUUCACAAUGACGUCGCGGGUCAUUUCUCAGAUGAUCCAGAAAACACCGACUCCACCACAACCACUGCUUAAUCCAGCAUUACUGCUGUGGAAAAUAUUUAUAGUAUAACUAGCAUAAUUAAGACAGAAAGCUUUUUUUGUCUAGACUUUCAUAGUCAUUUUCGGAUUGCUUAAACUGAUCUGUACAGUCAUUGUUUAAGGGGAAACUUUGUAUUUUUACCAAAAUCAAGUUCAAAAACAACACAAAGACAAAAGUUACUUAUGAACAAGAAAGGAAUGUUUAAAAUUAUGCAUGCACAUACAAUUAUGACUCUAAAUAGGGUCACUUUUAGUGAAAUAACUAAAAUCAAAUCAUUGAAAAAUCAUUACUGAAACAAGUCUAUAAUUGUAGAAGGACUGCAUAUUAUAUGACCUGAUAUAACUGAUUUAUUGAGCGUUAUAAUCAUCAUUCUGUCCACUAUAUGUGAUCAUGUACCUGUCAGAGCAACUCAAACAACACUGAACCUCUUUUAAUAAACAGAUUCACAUCUUCAGAAUGAAAGUAAUGUCCACACACCUUUGAAUUCAUAUAUUUUCAUGGUCAAUUGAUAUAUAAUUAUAUGAUGCAUAUUGGGUAUAUGAAAACACAAAAUACAAAAAUGCUGUCAGAAUCAACUUAUGUUUUUGCAUUAUUUAAUGUUGUUUACAUCUAUAGAUGCUGUUAUCUCUGAAUGACUGUAAUGAAGCUAAUAAAAUGUAAUUGUUCAUCA